AUGGGGCCAAAAUUAGAUGCUGAUUUCAGCCCCAGGCGCUGCGCCCCCGCACAAAAUCUCAACAGGUUCCUCGAGAUCGCACAGAGCGAUUAUUACACGACUGUUCCGUAUUCAUGUCUUACAUGGCAGCCCUGUGUCUCCCCGAGAGGGCUCUGCCCCGAAAAGUACUGGGAAAACACACCAUCUACUGAAGAAGAAAAAACACACAGGCCCCGCCCAACUACUGGGAAAACACACAGGCCCCGCCCAACUACUGGGAAAACACACAGGCCCCGCCCAACUACUGGGAAAACACACAGGCCCCGCCCAACUACUGGGAUAGGAAAUGACAGGCCCCGCCCAACUACUGGGAAAACACACAGGCCCCGCCCAACUACUGGGAAAACACACAGGCCCCGCCCAACUACUGGGAAAACACACAGGCCCCGCCCAACUACUGGGAAAACACACAGGCCCCGCCCAACUACUGGGAAAACACACAGGCCCCGCCCAACUACUGGGAAAACACACAGGCCCCGCCCAACUACUGGGAAAACACACAGGCCCCGCCCAACUACUGAGAAAACACACAGGCCCCGCCCAACUACUGGGAAAACACACAGGCCCCGCCCAACUACUGGGAAAACACACAGGCCCCGCCCAACUACUGAGAAAACACACAAGCCCCUCCCAACUACUGGGAUAGGAAAUGACAGGCCCCGCCCAACUACUGAGAAAACACACAGGCCCCGUCCAACUACUGGGAAAACUCACAGGCCCCGCCCAACUACUAGGAAAACACACAGGCCCCGCCCAACUACUGGGAAAACACACAGGCCCCGCCCAACUACUGGGAAACCACACAGGCCCCGCCCAACUACUGGGAAAACACACAGGCCCCUCCCAACUACUGGGAAAACACACAAGCCCCUCCCAACUACUGGGAAAACACACAGGCCCCGCCCAACUACUGGGAAAACACACAGGUCCCGCCCAACUACUGAGAAAACACACAGGUCCCGCCCACCUACUGGGAAAACACACAGGCCCCGCCCAACUACUAGAAAAACACACAGGCCCCGCCCAACUACUGGGAAAACACACAGGCCCCACCCAACUACUGGGAAAACACGCAGGCCCCGCCCAUCUACUGAAGAAGAAAAAACACACAGGCCCCGCCCAUCUACUGAAGAAGAAAAAACACACAGGCCCCGCCCAACUACUGGGAAAACACACAGGCCCCGCCCAACUACUGGGAAAACACACAGGCCCCGCCCAACUACUAGAAGACAUACAGGCCCCUCACAACUACAAUUACUGGUAGACACAGUUCCUUCCAUCUACUGGAAAACAAAGCAGCCGUCACCCACCCACUCGGAGACACAGACCCGUCCACUUUCUAGAAGACAGCAGGCCCCUCCUAUAGGGAUAAGACUCAACAGCCCCUCCCAUGUGGUGAUAUUUUAACAUGCCCCUCCCCUAUGACAGGAGGAGCAGGCCCUUCAAUGCUGACCAAACUCCUCCCAUGCUCCGCAGACCCCGCCAAUCAAAUGUUAGAGAUCUCAAACAGGUGAUCCUCCCUAAAAAAUGCUGAAAAGGCCCCUCCGAUGCUGAGCAGACUCCUCCCAUGUUGAGAAGGCCCCUCCCAUGCUGAGCAGACUCCUCCCAUGCUGAGCAGGACCCUGCCAUCUGAUGCCAGGAACGUUUCGUGCCCCAAUGAGAAGCCUUAUUUGGAAUAAAGACCACAGUAAACAUGUCACUUUUGCCUCUGAGUAGCUGGAGUAAUAAUUAACUGCCCCAUUGCUGUACUAGUUAACAAUUGAUGCCUUGAAACUUUGUUUACAUCUGAUGAUCACAAAUACUGCAGCUGAUAAGGAGACUGGAGAAAAUGGGGGUGAUAGUACUCCGUACUGUCUACAAGGGAUGAUGGGAGGAAUUGUCAUAAAUACAAAAAUAUCACAAUAAAGGAAAUAACUAUUGUGUAGUAAA